AGGAAGGAAACUGAAACCCAUCAACACCACUCCAGAACCACCAAGAUGUUACGAACCAUCCUGAGACCAUCAACAAGCACAUUCCACAACAAGAACCCACUGCAACUCAUUCUCCUCAACAGCAGAAGAAGACAGCCAUACUCUGUCCAACAACAACCGCAACCACCAACAAAUCCAACGGUUAUCAGCCAAUACCGAGACCGACAACAGGCCGAGUUCCGAGCGCGGAACCGGAGUCUGUUACUCUAUGCGAUCUCGAUAGGCGUGGUGACCUUAGGACUAUCGUAUGCGGCGGUGCCGUUAUACCGAGCAUUCUGUUCGGCCACCGGAUACAACGGCACCCCAUCCACAUCCUCCUCUAGAGACGGCACCGGCAAAUUCGCCCCCGACCGGAUCGCCCAGCCCGUCGGCCAGAAAACUAUCACCGUCCGCUUCAACGCCGAUAAGAGCGAUACCCUCGAUUGGAAGUUCUGGCCCUGUCAGAAAUCGUUGACCGUCAAACCCGGCGAAACCGUCCUGGCUUUCUAUAAAGCUAAAAACUUAUCCGACCAUGAUCUCUUAGGCGUCGCUACUUAUAACGUCACCCCUGGCCAAGUCGCCCCGUAUUUCGCCAAGGUAGAAUGUUUUUGCUUCGACGAGCAACGCUUAUUGGCGGGCGAAGAAGUGGACCUGCCGAUCUUCUUCUUCAUCGACAAGGAUUUCGUCGAGGAUCCGUUGAUGAAAGACAUCGAUGAUAUUGUGCUCAGUUACACCUUCUUCAAGGCGAAACGGAAUUCGUAUGGCUUUCUAGAGCCUGAUAUCCCAGCAAACAGUCCCCACCUAUCUGGUUUUGGUAAUCAUCCUACUGCUGCUCCUGCUACUCCUUCACCACACAUCCGACCUUCGAAUCCUACAAAUAACACCACCAGCACCCUCACCAAACCUUAACACUUGCCUUUUUUUGACCUUCAUGUAUUACAUCUACAUCAAAUAUACCCUUAACCAUCCUACAAAAAAACUACAAAAAACUACAAAAAACAGUUUCCUUUUUGGAGUUCUUGUCUGUUCUUCUUCCUCAUCACUCACACUUGAUGUACUAUAUUCUUUCAUUCUUCCUUCCUUUCUCUUGCACUCACAAAUCAAAAUCAACCAUGAUUGCGAGAAAAAAAAACCAUUCCAACUCAUCUCCCUUUGUACUUUGGCAGCAGCAGCAUAUGACAAUGAUGAUAAUGAUGAUGGCCAUGUAGAUACAGCCACACAUAAAUACUCUCUGCCAGCUCAACCUACGUUCCCAUCUUA